AGAAAAGUGGCGGAGAUCGAGCAGGCGCUGAGCAGCGACCCCAUCGACGUGGCGGCGCUGCGGCGCAUGGCCAUCAGCGAAGGGGGGCUCCUCACGGACGAGAUCCGCUGCAAAGUGUGGCCAAAGCUGCUGAGUGUCGACACGGACGACCUGCCUCCCCUGCCAGGAAAGGAGCUGCGAGAGAACAACAAAGAUUACCAGCAGGUGUUACUGGAUGUGCGGCGAUCCCUGCGCCGCUUCCCGCCAGGGAUGCCAGAUGACCAGCGAGAAGGGCUGCAGGAGGAGCUCAUCGACAUUAUCCUGCACGUCCUCAAGCGUAACCCCCAGCUGCACUACUACCAGGGCUACCAUGACAUCGUGGUCACCUUCCUCCUGGUGGUUGGCGACAGGCUGGCCACGGCGCUGGUGGAGAAGCUCUCGACGCAUCAUCUCAGGGAUUUUAUGGACCCAACGAUGGAUAAUACCAAGCACAUUUUAAAUUACCUGAUGCCCAUCAUAGACCAGGUGAACCCUGAGGUGCAUGACUUCAUGCAGAGUGCGGAGGUGGGAACCAUCUUCGCGCUCAGCUGGCUCAUCACGUGGUUCGGGCACGUCCUCUCUGACUUCAGACACGUCGUGCGAUUAUACGACUUCUUCCUGGCCUGCCACCCGCUGAUGCCCAUUUACUUUGCCGCUGUGAUUGUGCUGUAUCGGGAGCAGGAAGUUCUGGACUGCGAGUGCGACAUGGCCUCUGUCCACCACCUCCUGUCCCAGAUCCCGCAGGACCUUCCUUACGAGACUCUGAUCAGCAGAGCUGGGGACCUUUUUGUCCAGUUUCCCCCGUCUGAGCUCGCCAGGGAGGCGGCUCAGCAGCAGGCUGAACGAACCGCUGCUUCCACUUUCAAAGACUUUGAGUUGGCAUCAGUGCAGCAGAGACCGGACACUGUGUUGAGACAGCGCUUCAGGGAGCGACCGCGUGGGGAGGAGCGGACAAAAUCCAUCUUGACAAAGCCAAGGACCAACCGCUUUGUCAAGCUGGCGGUCAUGGGGCUGCUGGUGGCGCUGGGAGCAGCUGCCCUGGCCGUGGUGAAGAGCGCGCUGGAGUGGGCGCCCAAGUUCGAACUGCAGAUCUUCCCCUGAAGCCAGGGCAAGGGCCUUCCCU